UUUUUCUUCUGGCUGUUCUGGUUGGUUGUUUUUUGCUUCCUUAUGUUCCACAUCAUUGAUUUGAUUCUUGGCUUCAUCCAUUCUACUGUUGUUUCUCAGUAAAUUCUUCUUUGUUUAAAUUAGUGUGUUCUUCAUUUCUGACAGAAUCUUUUCUAUGUUGCUAAGGUCCUCACUAAGUUCCUUGAGCAUCCUUAUAAAGUGUUCUGAGCUCGGUAUUUGAUAGAUUGCUUAUCUCCAUUUCAUUUCGCUCUUUUUCUAGAGUUUUGGUCUGUUUUUUCGUUUUGGCCAUGUUUCUUUGUCUCCUUGGUUUGGCAGCCUCCCUGUGUUUGUUUCUGUGUGUUAGGUAGAACUGCUUUAACUUUGUGUCUUGGUAGCAUGGCCUAACGUAGUAGGUGUCCUGUAGGGUCCAGUGGCAUAGCCACUCCUAUCACCCAAAUUGGGUGCUCAAGGUGAGCCCUUCUUGUGGGCUGGGUACACCCUCCUCUUGCAGUUGAGGCUUGAUUGCUGUUGGAAGAUCAAUGGGAGGGAUUUACCCAGGCCAGUCAGCUGAAAGGACUGGCCACAUGUGACCACUGACCACCAACUUCUACCCUCCAUGGAGGAUCAGCUGUGCAGGGGCAGGCUAGUGGUGCUCCAAUGUGGUCUGUAGCCGUCCACUGAGUGCACUGGCCCUGGAAUUUCCUAGGUGGGGCAGACCAAGGUUAGCCCCCACCUGUGUUUUGCCCAGAGCACCCUGCCUGAGUUGUAAAGCAAUCUGAGAUGGCUGCUAGUUGUACUGGGUUCAGAGAUUUCCAGAUGAAGUCAAGCUGUGAAUCUAAUCUGGCUGCUGCUAGGGCUCACUGAAGCCAACUGUUGCUUGUUUGAUAGGAUUUAGGAGCCAAGAUCAGACAUUCUUAGGAAAAGCAGCUCAGGCAGGCCCAUAAAUUGGGUGGGGCGAUAUCCAAGGCCAGUCAAACAGUGUUAGCCAGGCUGAUGGAGUCUCAGAUAUGGCACAAGCUUGCUGGCUCUGUGGGGAAAAGGUAGCAAAGGGACAAUGUCCUCUGCUCACCCUGAUGCCAGACACUUGGGUUUCUCCCUGUACACCACUGGUACCUUUCAAGCUGCUACCCUGGUGCUGGAGCUCAGAGGGAGUGAGUCUGAGAAGGUACUUCCUUUGCCCUACAAAGGUGGCUACAUGGCUCCCCUGGAGAUUAAGAUGAAGAGUAACAGUAGCUGCCCACAUGUACUGAAUUAACUCUAUUGCAGGCUCUGGGCUAUCUUCAUACAGCACUUGAUCAUCCCCAUGACCCUAGAGAGGCAAAAGACUGGCUGUGGAUUUUUGUUUACCUCACUUGUCCCAGGUUGAAGCCUGGGGUUGCUGUGUACAACACAAAGGCUGUAAUUAUUUGGUCAAGGUGUCCAGCAGGAUCGCCACGUGGUUAUUGGCCACAUGAUGCAGCACAUGGAUUUGUACCUAAGUGUCAUCUAAACAGCUCUGGAGUUCACAUUUCUGGUGUCAAUGAACAAAGCAAAACCGAUGCUCUGGAUGAUCGGGCUGAGGCAGAAGAAGGCUUUGGAGUCACGCUAAUCACCAAAGAUGGUACCUACAGCAGCUGCUUGAUGCUUCUCAGCAACAAACACCUUGUGGCUCCUUCAGCUCUGUUGGAAGAACAGGUGCUACAGGCUGACUCAUCACCAUUUCCUGUGAGGACUUAACGUAGCUGAUGAAAACUCCGGGUUUUAUAUGUACACUUUCUGCCACAGAAAGAGAGCCUCAUGCUCUCCCUCCGGGUUCAAAGUAUCGAGAAGAGCUCUAAGUGGUCCACAUCUUGUAAAAAGAUCUUACAAAGAUGUAGGUCUUAUAAGAAGCACCUGUGUCUCCUCCAACUUGUAGCUCUGCUGUCUUCCAUGAUUCGUGGCCUCUAAAUCUGUGACAACUGAGAGAAAAAAGAAAUUGAGAGGAAUGCCAUUUCUCAAGUGCCUUAAAGAUUGAGAAAAAUGUCGUAUCCUAAGUGCCUUGGCCUGGCAGAGACAUACAGCACUUCCAUUUCCACUGGCUAGAUCCAUGUAGAUGAUUCCAACCUAAUCACAAAGGAGAGAAUGCCAACGCAAAAAAAGCCCAGCAAGAAAUCAGGCCUCAGUGGCUGCAAAAACUAAAGGACAUACAAAAUUUUUCCUGCCUUAGAAUGAAAACAGAUCCCUAUACUGCAUUUGUAAAAUAUCUCCAAGAGCAGACGAGUGGGACAGGCUGCCGCUCUUAUAAAGAAGCCUCUUGGUCCUUACCUCAGGGAGAGGAGGAAGGAGGGAAAAGAGAGGGUGAGAAACAUUAAUGUGCAAGAGAUACAUUCCUUGGUUGUCUCUUGCACACCCUCAUCUGGGGACCUGGCCUGCAACCGAGGCAUGUGCCCUGACAGGGAACUGAACAGGCCACGUUUCAGUUCGCAGGACAGCACUCAAUCCAUGGAGCCAUACCAGCCAGAGCACAAUUUUGAAAUGGAAGAGACCAUCUGCCUUGCCUAGGAAGAUGGGGUCACAAAGAAAAUCAUCUGCCAGGAAUUUACUGACUGACAAUGGCAGAAAAAAUUAUAGAGAAGUUAGAUAAUCUAAAUGAAUAUGCAAAGAUACUCUUGGCCAGAAGAAUAAAGAAAAACAGUCUUCAGGGCUUCAUAAAGGAAAAGACUUCUGUUGCACCCCUAGUACUUGAUUUUCAGUUGGAAUCUGAAGAGGCUAUUAUUGCCAAAUCCACAUCUACAACAGUAUCAAAGAGCACAGAAAACAAGUCACAUGGUAUUAAAAAAACAAAAAGGUAUAUCUCCUGUGAAAAUAAGCCCCAACCUACAAAAAGUAAUUUAAAAAAAUUAAAUUUAAAACCACACCUUGUACCAACAAAUAUAAAAAAUCAAGAGGGCAAAGCAAUAGAACCAGUAGAAGAAUAUCUAAAAUCAAGAUUUCAGAGACCUUUACUUUUUCUUAAGGAUAUAGAUGAGGCAGAGUAUGCUAAGCCCUUACGUUAUCUACAUUCACAGCAUAGACAAGGAUGUAGAAGAACACAGGGCCCUACAACCCCUUCUGUGCCCAGCACUCAGUCUAACACUUAUAAGAAGGAGAAAGAUGCUGUUUUGUUUACAGUUUCAGCUCAAACUGAAAAAAACCCUAAGGAAUUAUUUGAUUUGGUUGGUCACUUAGAAGAUUAUGUAAAUGAAAGCAGUUAUCUGGAGAACAGGCUUCCAGCCCCGAAAACCCCAGCCACCGCCAACCCAGGUGAGCGGGAGCAGAGAAACCCAGCGAAGCUUGCGCGCAGGCGCAAAGUGGCGGCGUCGCUCUCGGCGGUGCUAGCAGUCUGGCGUUCUGGUGUCUCCGAAUGGUUUCCCUCUGGCUUUUUCUCCCAUUAG